AUGCCUGGAUCUACUGAUGCGCAUACGAUUCGCAUCCUGGUAGCGACGGAUAACCAUGUCGGGUUCGAAGAGCGAGAUGCCAUCCGCAAAGACGACAGCUGGCGGACUUUCGACGAAAUUCUGACUGUAGCCCGGACUGAAGAUGUAGACAUGGUCCUUUUGGCCGGAGACUUGUUCCACGAUAACAAGCCCUCGCGAAAGUCGCUGUACCAGGUCAUGCGAACCCUCCGACAAAAUUGCCUUGGCAUGAAGCCGUGCCCACUCGAAUUUCUCUCCGACGCUGCGACCGUCUUCGAAGGCGCAUUUCCCCACGUCAACUACGAAGACCCCGAUAUUAACAUUUCGAUUCCCGUGUUUUCCAUCCACGGCAACCAUGACGACCCCUCUGGAGACGGAAAUCUCUGCUCGCUCGAUCUACUACAAGCCUGCGGGCUGCUCAAUUACUACGGUCGGGUGGCGGAAGCCGACAAUAUCGAGGCACGGCCGAUUCUGCUGCAAAAAGGCGAGACCAAGCUAGCGCUCUUUGGCUUGAGCAACGUCCGCGACGAGCGAAUGUUUCGAACCUUUCGCGAUCACAAAGUCAAAUGGUUCAAGCCCAGCGCCGAAACCGGAGACUGGUUCAACCUACUAGCUGUGCAUCAAAACCACCAUGCGCACACUGCCACUUCAUAUCUGCCUGAGAAUGUGCUGCCGGACUGGAUGAAUCUGAUUGUAUGGGGUCACGAGCACGAGUGCUUGAUUGAUCCGACGCAGAAUCCUGAAACUGGCUUCCACGUCAUGCAGCCGGGUUCUUCCGUGGCGACAUCACUUGUUCCCGGUGAAGCCGUUCAAAAGCACGUGGCCAUUGUUAGCGUCACUGGGAAGGAGUUCAAGAUGGAAAAGAUUCCAUUGAAAACAGUUCGGCCCUUUGUCACAAGAGAAAUCAUACUCAACCAGGAUAAGCGCUUCAAAGGUUUGGAUAAGAAAAAGGACAACAGGCAAGAGGUCACGCGCAGACUGAUGGAGGUCGUGGAGGAAAUGAUUGAAGAGGCAAGUACAGAGUGGGAAGCUAUCCAAACAGACCAGGAAGCUCUGGAAGAGAGGCCGCUACCGUUGAUUCGUCUCAAGGUCGAGUACACAGCGCCAGAAGGCGGACUCUUUGAGUGCGAAAACCCGCAGCGAUUUUCCAACCGAUUCGUCGGCAAAGUGGCCAAUACCAAUGACGUGGUAUACUUUUAUCGCAAAAAGACGGUCCAGCGCAAGGCCACAGCCGAUGCUCCCGCAGAGGUUAUGGACACUCUGGGGGACGAUGGUGACAUGGUCAAGGUUGACUCGCUGGUCCAGGACUUUCUUUCUGCACAGUCGCUCAAGGUUCUUCCGCAAGGGCCGUUUUCCGAAGCUGUGAACCAAUUCGUUGCAAAGGACGAUAAGCACGCGAUGGAGUUGUUUGUUUCUGAGCACCUCACAGGCCAGGUAAAACAGAUGCUCGGCCUCGAGUCUGACGACGAAGAUCUGAACAGCGCCAUGGAGAUUUACAGAACAAGGGUGGAGCAGCAACUCGACAGAGGUGUGAAGCCGGUGUAUGGAGAGCGACGUCGCGUACUCCGACCGAAGCCUGCAACGUGGGACAGUGAUUUCGACGGAAAUUGGGAAGAGGAGCCUGAUGCAUGGACAUAUGAGCCUGUCAGCGAGGUUAGCUUCCUCGCCGGCUCGGCGCCAUCUCGAAUCGCCGACUCGCUUCCGAAUGAGGACGCGGCACCCGCAAAAACAACGCGGCGCGCCGCGGCAACAAAAAAGGCACCGGCGAAGAAGACGACGACAGCGAGGGGCCGUGGCCGCAAGGCGCCGCUGGUAGAGGAGGAGGAAGAAGAGGAAGAUGUGCUGAUGGAGUCGGACGAAGAGCCAGAACCCGCGCCGCCGCCGAAGCGAGCCACGCGAGCUGCGCCAGCAAAAAAGACCGCGGCGGCUCCCAAAAAGGCUGCUGCUACUAGGACAUCUACGCGGGCGAAGCCGGCAACGCAAACGACACUGAAUUUUUCGCAAUCUGGGACUCAAGCUAAGGGCAUUGAGAUUAGCGACGAUGAGAUUUCAGACGACGAUGCGUUUGAGCCUGCGCCUCCGGUAGCGACGAGGUCAAGAAGGCGAUGA